GCCAAAAUUAUCAUUGCUCAAGCCUCAAAGACUCUCGACAUAAUCUAAGAUAUUGGAGUAAGAUCACAAUAUGAUCAAGAAAAUGCAAGUUCCAAGAGCCCAUAUAUUCCCCAGAAGUGGAAAUUGAAGAAUCCAAGGGCAAAGAAAGAAGUGGACAUGGUAACGAGAAGAUUGGUUUUGUAUGUUACCAAUGUAAUGGAAAAUUGCAUUUGUCCCGUACCCGUUGUACGCAAAAGACUUUAUUCUACCAAGAAUCAAAGGGAAGAGCAAAUUCAUAUACGCUCC